AUGGCCCUUCUUCUGCCCGACCCUACCCUCCUUCCAAUCGCCCUAACCCUUCUACCACCUGGUGGCCUCCUACCGCCCCCGACCAACUGGCUGAUCCCGGUGCCUACUAGUCAGGAAGCCCGCGCUCUCCUCAAUCGAUACGCCGCCCUACAGGGAUACGCUAUCACCGUGAAGAAUUCGAACGACUGGUCGGCCUACCUACAUUGCGAUCGCAGCGGCCUACCCGUAAAGCACGAUAAACCUCCAUCUAGCGGGCGAUCUUUCACCUCUCGCCGCUGCGGCUGCCACUUCGCUGCAUAUCUAUCCAAAGUGCAGGGCGGCUGGCUCCUUGAGGUCAGGGAGGGCUCUCAUAGUGGCCAUAUGGCCUCCGAACCAUCUACGCAUCCAAUCCACCGCCGCUAUCAGCUCAAAGGUCUCAGAGACCGGGUAGUUCGCCUAUUCAUGGAGGGUCGUACCAACCUAGAAAUACUCGACAUUUUACGCGAGGCGAAAGCCCUCGACGAAGGAGCUAGUAGCAAAUCCAGCGCCGACCUGAUUGACCCUUACCGCGCUCCAAUUUGCCUCAACAGAAGAGAUAUCCGCAACCUUCGUUAUCGUGCGAGGAGGGAGUUACUUAAGGGCUGCUCACCUACAGCGGCUCUUCUUUUAGGCCUAGACGGUUGGGAAAUCGAUUGGGAUGCGGAGGCGGGCAGUCAACGGCGUAUUCGGAGUGUCAUCUGCGUCUCUCAAUCCGGCCUCGACCUGCUAGCUCGAUACCCUUCUCUACUAUGGAUUGAUGCUACCUAUAAGACCAAUCGCUUUCGGAUGCCUAUGGUUGAUAUCGUCGGAAGAUCAGCGAAUGGAGGCACUUUCUAUGUUGCCGUUGCUUUUGUUUCUGAUGAAAAGGAGGGCUCUUACCGCUGGGUGUUAGAGAAGCUGUGUGAUUUCCUACAUUCCCGUUCGAUCCCCCUUCCUACCACUACAUUCUCCGAUGAUGCGGAAAGCUUAUUGGCUGCCCUUGAUGCUGUCAUGCCCGAUACGAGGGCUUUGCUAUACGUGUGGCAUAUUCAGAUGAACAUUGAGAAGCGAUUGCGGCCAAUAAUCCAGCAGCAUAUACUAGUCUAUCUUGAGAUAGAGGGCGACGUUCGACCAGAAACAAAUGCGCGUUGGCAAUCCGCGAAAGAGCUUUUCAAUCAAGUCAUCUUUGCACCUACAGUAGCCCCGUAUGCCUUACAGCUCGUUGCUCGGCAGCUAGUUGCAUACCAGGCGAAUGAAUUGAUAGUAGUGGAUUGCACCCACUACUAUCGGCAGGCGCUCGGAUUACCCUGUAUUCACGAGAUUUUGGUGGCCCUAGAAGGCGAUGAGCCUCUUACAAGGUCGCAGUUCCAUCGGCAGUGGUGGUUGCUGACAUCGACCGAAGAUGAUUACCAGCCACUUUACUUAGAGCAAGUGCUUCGGAUCAAUGACCCUGCGAAUGUCAAAGUGAGUGGUCGGCCUGCUAGAGCAGCUAAUCACGCUCGAAAGGAUCCCAAGGUAGUGGCAGCGAAAGAGGCCGCCAUUGCCGCUGCCCGCCAGAAAAUCGCCAAUGCCUAUCAUGAAGCAGCAACCCGCCGGUCAACGCGGUUAUCCCGGUCCACGAAGCGGGAUCCCUCUGGAUUCGAGAUUGUGAGGAACGAAACGGAUUAUAUUGGGCGUGCAAAUAGGGCGAAGGGCGCUGCAAAGGGUGUAAAGGGUGUGAAGGGUGUGAAGGGUGUGAAGGGUGUGAAGGGUGUGAAGGGUGUGAAGGGAGUGAAGGGAGGGCGAAAGAGCCGGUGA